AUGGCUGCUGCACCGAGCCUGGAUCAGCUUGUCAAGGGCUCUCCAGCUCCGAGCAACCGUUUGCGUUCCUUGUCGGCAUCCUCUGCAUUGUCCGCCUCAUCUGCAGACUCAUUGUCAUCCCAACCUCAAUCCUACCCGUCCGGCGCAUCCGACUCGCUUUCAACAACACAUCCGUCCACGACCGAUCCUCUUUCAACCUUGCCCUCUUCCCCUCCGCAGAUCUACUUGAAUCUUCUCAUCCUCGAAAGUUCACUCAGAGCUCAAUACUUGGCGCUGCGCGAACGUCGGCGACAAAACACAUUCUUCCUCCUCCUGCUCACAGCCUGGAUUACAUAUUUUUCAUACGCUUUAUUCCUGCGUCCCCGCGAAGAUGGACGCGGAGUUGGAGGUUCGGUAUAUUGGGUCGUGGAGAUGUGGGAACGGGUCGCGCUCCUUGGGGGUGUGGUAACAGCACUUCUCGUCUGGGGUACGGGACAGUGGGAGCGCGGCAUUCGCUGGCCACGGCGCUGGCUUGCCAUUGCGAAUCGUGGCUUACGAACUAUGAACACUAAGAUUGUGGUUAUCCGGGGUCCGUGGUGGCAGGAGCUGCUCUCAUACCUCUCAUUUCUCUUCCCGUUCUCCACGCCCCUCUCCCCCUCUGCUCUAGGGGAUUUCCACUACCUUGAUCGUCCUUUAUCUGAGAAACGCACCGGGCGCGCUUCCCAACAAUAUUACUACAACGUGGACCCAGAAUCCGGCCUGGUGGAGGAAGAUCUCAGCCCGGGAGGUGAUCAUAUUCGGCUACUUUUACUACCAAAGCUAUUCUCGCCCGAGUUCCGCGGAAACUGGGAUGACUACCGCACGGACUACUGGGAGAAAGAAAACGAACGACGUUCUCAAAUCCGUGGAAAACUGCGCCAGCGAGAGCGCCAAUUAGCCCGAGAAGAAGGCGCCUGGUUCUGGUGGAUUGGCCUAGGGUGGAAAGCGACGCGACGCCGCCGACAAGCUGCAGCAACACUACACAGGACGAUUGAAGGCGACAAGGGCCACCGUCACCAUCAUCAUCCUAACCCGAGCAUCUCCAAGCUAGCCCACGAGUCCAAAUCUCCUCUCCGACGUGCAACACGCUCCGGCUCCCAUUCCCGCACACCUUCUCGAAGUAGCACCCCCAUCGACACAGAUGACCGACCCCCGUCUCGAUCAUCCGCAACUGGCCGGCCCGGCCGAGGAAGCAUUACUCCGUCCUCUGCGGCGUCCGGGUCCGAACACACCCCAAAUAGACGACGGAAAGGGUCCAAAACGCUCAACCGGGGUCUGUCUCCUCUAACGCAGGCGCAAAUCCGUGAGGGAGUCCGCACGUCAUCCUUUUCUUCUGACGACUCGUCCUCGAUAACGGGGCUGUCACUAGACAAGGACAAGAAGAGGGAGGACGGCAUAGAUGGUUGA